CUUGCAUUUCCAGUGUCUGAGCAGUGUCAACGGAAACAAAAGAAAAAUGUAUGUGCCCGAACAUUUUCCAGGCACCGCCUAACUUCAUUCUCACGAUUCCGUCAGUGCAAGAUGGCAGCAUGUGCAAAUCACAGUGUUUUCAGUGAGGAAAAUAACUAAAGUACCCAUUGCCAGAAUGGGAUCCAUGGUACCUGGCGAGGAAAACGGAGUCCGGAUUUUCCAGGAAUGAGCCCGGAAGCGGUUUCCCCCCAAAGCUGCCAAGCGCUCAGCCAGGCCCACGUGGUGAUUGACGUCUGCGUUGUGAUGCUCAGAGUGGAGGACCCAGCCCCUCUGGGCUGCAGCCAUGAGCUGGGUUUGGAGCUGCUGCGAGCGUGGUUACCUAAGGUGGAAGCACUGUGAGACACCAGGUGUGAAGACCCUGUGCAAUCUCACGAAGCUUCUGGACAAACUCCAGAAAGCGCAAAGCGCGGACAUCUCCCUCUACACCUCGGGACACCUGAACCCCGACAAUCUCUACAGGCCCCCGGAGACCGCCAUACCUCACUGGCACAAUGCCAGCAGACCAAAGGGGGAAAAAACCUUCAGAGCGAAAGCGCUGUCUGAUAGGAGGAGGAUCGCGCAGAUGAAAGACGCUCUGGCUUAUUUUACCAUCAACACAGCUCUGCAUCCAAACGACGCCCAGGACACACCACUGUUCCGGUACCUGCACCGUCCUGCACGUGUUCCCCACACUUCCACAGAGAACAUCAGCCCAGAGGAGGCUCCGGGAGCAGAGGGUCCUCCCACACAGCGCAGGAGAGAGGAGCUCAGCUGGCCAGAGAUGAGGGUGCUGAAGCUCAAACCAGCGGGGUCCAGUCGGCAGUGCAUGAGGUCGCCCCCAGCCAAGGAUGAAUACCAAUAUGUCAGCUCCUACCUGGCUGGCGUCACGAAGGCAGACAAGUAUAGGAAGUUCUUGUGUUUCCAAAAGGAAGUUCUUGCAAAGCAAGAUCUGCUGAAAAACUAUAUCACAGGGAGCAAGGCAGCGAUGGGCCAUGAGCAGAAGCUGGCACAGGAGCUCCAGAGAGUGUGUGUGUGCGACCCUCAGCAGUUCAACAAGCUACAGGUCUUCGGAGAAGUCUUCGAAGAUAUUUGCAAUAGUUCUUUGAUAUUUGGCGAUCUCUUGAAGGAAGUUAAGGGUGAAUAUGAACUCUACAUGGCCAUUCUCCUGGCGUCCCAGCCCACAGAACGGUACCAGAAUUUGCUGGAUCAUGUCAAGGGGUUGGAGAGGAGGUCCGUGAAGACAGCAGACAUCAACCAGGCCAGGGAGGAGCUGAGGGCGCUUGUGACAGCCACCAAAGCAGCUGUGGCGCGUAAUGACAAACUCAGACAUGAAUUAGAGGUGGAGCACAGGUUGCUGCAAUCUGCUAAGAAAAACGCAGAAUUAUCUGAAAAAACUGUAACCGACGAGAAGCACCUUACUCUUAUUGAGCAGGUUGAAAAGAAGAGAUGCGAAAUACUUAAGAAAUGGGAUGAAAUUCAAGAUCUUGAAAGAGAAAUUAAAACAACUUUGAUUCAUACUGGAAUUUCGCAUAUCAUUAAGGAUAGGAUUAGAAGCAUAGAGGCUGAAGCUAUAAAAUUAGAAACAGCAAAUAACGUUUUAAAGAAGACAACAUAUAUGAUGGAAAACCAGGUGAAGCAGUGCCUGCAGAAGAGCAAGAUGAGUGAGGAAGAGCAGCGGAACCUUUGGGAGUUUAUUAAAGAAUUUGUGCAAUUAAAGGAAACAGACAAUAACUCUCAAUGACUGGGAAAAUGACCUAUGAAAAUUCACAACCACCAUGUACAUAGUGUGGAUGUUUGCAGACAUAAAUUAAUGAAGAUACAUUUGGCUUUGUCAGUUUUAAUCUCUAAUAAAAUUAAUGUGAUAUGUGUACCCUACUCAGGAUAUUGAAAUAAAUACAUGUGUGCAUGUGAUUAGUUUUACUUUUUUAUACAUAAUUCAUAGCAAUAACAGUUUUUGCAGUAUUUUUUUCUUUCAUUCAAUAACUUUCUGCAGGGAAAAAUAUUUUCAAAUAUUUGAAAGGGAUAAGAAAUUCAGCACUGCUGCAGUACGGAUCAAACUUGUUUCGCAUUUUCCAAUGCUUAUGUAUAGGCAUUUAAUAAAAUGUAGUGGUCAUCUGAUUGAUAUUUAUUUAAUUAAAUAAUCUUUACUAAUUGUAAAUGAUACAGCAUUCUACAAAUGUUACAACUCCAGCAUGGUGCUUUGCACUGUACACAUCUUAGCUGAUUGUGAGCUGCAUGGCCACAUUGUGACUUGGGUUUUUUUUUUAAUCCCUACUUUAGCUAUAAACUUAUCUGGGCACUUAGAGUAAUGCAAUUCCAAUUUCUUUGGACAACCAUGUAUAGGGCUGGUGUGAAGUUCAACUACAAGGGGUGAAGUACAAAAUGAAGGCUUUAAUCCUAACUUGGACUAGUAGAGUUUGAGGUCAGAGAGAGAGAGAGAUGCUUUUCCUGGGGCAUGCUUCACCCUGCUUUUAGAGAUUCGAUGGUGGCAGCUGAAACUGAACAUUCUUACCGGACACAGAAACAAAUGGGACCUCAUUCACGUACGUUGAGUUCUCUAUGGUCAAGUUGCCUCCUAUUGGUUAUUUAUGUUCACUAGAAUCUUAUUAAGUAGGCACCAUUCUCCCAUUACACAGGGGAGAAAAUUAAAUGUGAUGUGGUGAAUUGAUUUGUUUAAACUACACUGUAAAUAAUAGAGCUGGAAUCCGAACCCAGUUUUGGCUCUCUCAGUUUCUAAACUCUCAUCACCACAUCAUGCUGCUCAUUUAUUUGUAACUCCAGUCAAGAAACAGGGAAAUGAGUUUAUGCCAAAGAGUGACAUCAAGACCACUAGCGCUAACAGCAAGCAGACCAGCGAACAAAGCUGUUUGGAAAUGUGAAAGUUGAGUUUUUCUUGGGCAAUAAGGGUAAAAUUUCAGAACAUAUACAUUAUUUUCUGAGAGUGUAUGUUUCAAUAUUAUAAAAGUUAUACUGACUCCUCUUAAAAUUUUUGGAAAAUACUCGACAGUGUAGAAACCUAGAAAAAUGUCCAUAUUUCUGUACACUCAGAGGCUAUCAAUGUUCAUACUUUGGCAUAUAUGCUCAUUCCUGAUAUUUUUUUCUAGUUUUUUAAACACAUUUUUUUUCUUUUUGCAAAAAUAAUGUGACCUUUUCCACUCAAACUACUGUUUAAUAUGUCUUCCCAAGUCACCUGUUUUCAAUAAUAAGCAACCAUUUAUUGGAUAAUCUUUUCAUCAGAAUAAAAAUAUAACUAUUCAUAACAUCACACACACACACACACACACACACUAGGAAUGUUUGAUCAAACCAGAUAACUUUAAACUCUCCGUCAACUUUUACAUGUAUGGAUUAAAAACCAAGGCCCUCGUGUUAAAGAUUAAGAACAGAGAAACAAUUGGACUAAUGAAUUUCUCCAAGAUUCUUCAGCAAGCUAAGGGGAUAAUUAGAAUGAAAACUGAGAUGUCCGGUCUUUCAGACCAUUCCUUCAGCACCUUGUCAUUCUCUAAGAAGGAAACGCGCCAUGCAGCAUUUUCUAAAAAUAACGCAUUUUCUUUUUUGAGCCUCUCUUGGGACUCGCCAGGUAUAGACAGAAGCCUCUGCCAGUCCCGCAGGCCUCUCUCCUGCCUUGUGAUGCGGGAGACAGAAGAACAGAAGGAAAGGCAGUUGAGGGAAUUGGGAAAAUGCUCAAGGACAAGGCAUUAAUAGUAGCAGAAUAGAAGUGUCUUAGCACCAAAAUAUUCUAGAUGAUGUUUAAAAUUGCAUGGAAUAUGAGAAGACGAAUAUGUAUUUAAUACAGUUUUACCACAAAGGAUAAUUUGCCACUAGGUUAAAUUUACCUAAUAACUAUGUAUUUCUAUCAAAGAAUCCUGAAGUGUAUCAAUGGAAAUUUACAUUAUAUAUAUAUAUAUAUAUAUAUAUAUAUAUAUAUAAUAUAUUCAUAAUAUGAAUAAAAACAUUGACCUAAUUAGCAGAAUGAAUGAAGUAGCAAUAACUUUAAUAAAAAAAUAUUGUCUUGUUUAUGAAUUAGUUUUAUAAACUUAAUUAAUUUGAACUUGCAAUUAGCGAGAUCAUUUAAACUUGUCUACAAUAUGUCUUUAUCUUUAGAAUGCUGAAUAUCUUAACUUGGAUUUGGUCCCAUAUUAUAAUUUGUUUUAGAUCCAUUCAUAAAUGUAAAAAUAAAUUUUAAAGAGGAACACUUUUACAAGAGUCAACUAUAAUUUUCAGUCUCCAUUUAUUGUUAUUGUCGAAGCCUGAUCUAAAAUUUGUUACCUUGUCACCAGUGUUCCCCGUGUGUGACAGCCUUUCAGUUGUUACAUGCUAACGAAUAGUAUGUUUUGUGUCCAAAUGUACAUAAAUCCUUUGGAUCUAGUUCAUUCAAAAUGUGUACUAUGUCAAUAACUAUUAAAUUUUGUCUAUAGACAUGC